UCCAAUGCGUGUGCACAUACCAAAAAAAUAGAAAUUAAAUACACAUCCAUAAGUCGGAAUUUCCAGUUUACUUUUGUUCGCAUAGGUGUGUGUUUGUGUUCAGUGGAAGCAACUAUGUCGUCGUCCUCUUCGGAUCACAACAGCUUCGAGGAGAAGAGUAAUGAAGAAUACUCAAUUGGACUUAACAUCGAUGGAGAUCAAACGUUGAUGAAGGUGAGCAAGGAUUUAGAUCUGGAUGCUCUGAUCGAGAAAAUCGUUAAAGAUUAUAAUAUGGAUACAAGUCGCACGUACGGACUCAGGUUGCAUUUCAGCAAAGCCUUAUUUCGCACGAAUAUGUAUGUCACUGCCGAGAGCUUCAACACCGACAUUCAGGAUGGAAACAUGCUCUACGUUGUUCCGUCUUUAGAUGAAGAGAUCAAUUUCUUGUUCGAUAACAUUCAGUAUGCCGAACGAAAAGAACAAGUCUCUGAAAAGAUGUACAUGUUAGCUGCCGAUCCUGCAUAUGUCAAAGCUUUAGUUGAUCGAAACGCUGUAGAUAAUUUCAUAGAUUUCCUCCAAUGGCGCGAUAUAACUGUUAACGGAAAAUCAGGUUGUUUGAUAACAUUGCUGAAGCUUCUUCUCGAUAAUCACGUAACAAACAUCAAAGAAAACAUCUUCAAAUCCAUUGUAAAGAUUGUGGAAAAUGCAGAUCCAGAAGCAACGCACGCUCUAUCCGUGCUCACGCAGAUCCUCUACUCCAAAGAAAUAUCUUUAACAUCUCUUCAAUUCAACGUUGUGGAUUCAAUGAAGAUGAAGCUGUUGCUUCAAUACAUCUCCAUGCAAGGAGAUCUUCCUUUGAAGGCGAUUUCUUUGAUGACGGCAAUCCUGAAAUCGGUCAAAGGUGAGAAGAGGGCUUCUCUGAUCAAAGAGCUCAACAGCAAACACAACAAGGCCAUCUUCUAUAAACUUAUGGUUACGACCAAAAUUGAUGCGAAAUUGGCGAAACAAUUGUACAUUUUACAAUCGUUUCUCUUCUCAACUUACACGAAUUCUUUGAAAACACCCAUCUCCACGUUGGAUAUGGAAAGUAGUUUGAGCAGUAUUUUAGAAAUCAACGAUGAUUCUAAUUCGAAUUUCAAUCAAAGUAGACCUAAUUCCGAUAGUUCAUAUCAAGAUUGCAUUUCAAGAUACUCGAUGGCUAGUAUUUUCAGUAAAAGUUCAGUCGAUUCCAAUUUCGUCGAUAUUAACUCCAUGACUUUGCGGUGUUUAGAUUAUUAUAGAGCGCAGUAUUUCAAGAAAUUCGCCAUAUCGCAGUCGGAGGAAAACACUUACGAACCUGGUUUACCGACAUCCGCUGAAAAGGUUGUCAAUUUGAUAGCGGAAGUGACGAACGUGUCGGGAAAAAUACGCAAGAAUUGUAUGCGUUAUAUACCAAUUUAUUUCCACACGGAAGAGUACUUCUUCGAGCAACUCUUUUGUAAUAUGAUGGUUAUGCUGUCCGUGACUCGAAAACAGAUGCGCGCCAAAAGGAUGGAGGAUUAUGAUAAACUGUUGAAAGUCGUUCAGAAGCAAUUGGAGAUCAUUUUGGAUAAGCAUCCGUUGAACUUCAC